UGGUGUCUGCACCUCUCUUCUUUCUACUACACUCACAAAGUUGUUUCUUUCACUCAAGAUACUGAACUUCGGCACCAGGCAAUAAGCCACUUCUCUCCAUACCCAAGGUUGUAAGGAUAUCCAAGGACAACCGAUUCAGGCUGAUACACGGCAGGAAAAAUGUGCAAGUAAGACAGUGCAGCAGACGCCAGCCGCAGGAGCGGGAUGGCUCGCUCUCUGUAUGAGUGGCUGUGGCAGCACGAGUUCUGGCUGCCCCCAGGAAUCACUUGGGAUGACAUGCAAGAAUCUGAAGACACUCAUUACCCUCAACCUCGUGAUCUCCUGCUCAGUAUCCCUUUUGCUUUAAUCUUGGUAGUCAUUCGAUGUGCCUUUGAAAGAGCCAUAGCCCUGCCCCUCAGUACCAAGCUGGGUGUGAGAGACAAGCAGAGACCAAAAGCUCAGCCCAACCCCGUGCUGGAAACCUUCUACAGUAGGCGCCGCAAGAACCCUGAAGAGGGUGAACUGCUCAGUCUAGCCAAGCAAUGUGACCUGCCAGUGAGGAAGGUGGAGAAGUGGUUCCGGCGCCGGAGGAACAUGGACCGGCCCAGCCUUUCGAAGAAGUUCAGUGAGGCCUGCUGGAGAUUUACGUUUUACAUCAUUUCUUUCUUCACCGGACUCGCUGUCCUGUACAAUAAGCCUUGGCUUUGGGACCAUAGAGAGUGCUGGACAGGAUAUCCACAACAGCCUCUCCAACCCUCCCUGUUCUGGUACUAUAUGCUGGAGCUCUCCUUCUACUGGUCACUGGUCUUCACCUUGCCCUUUGACGUCAAGAGGAAGGAUUUCAAGGAGCAGAUAGUCCAUCAUGCUGCAACCAUCUUCCUGAUCAGUUUUUCAUACUGUGCCAACUACAUCCGCAUUGGGACACUGGUGAUGGUGAUUCAUGAUGCUUCUGAUUGUUUCCUAGAGCCAACUAAGAUAUUCAAUUACAUGAAGUGGAAAAAAACUUGUGACAGCCUCUUUAUGAUCUUCUCAGCUGUUUUCCUGAUCAGCCGCCUGGUCAUUUACCCCUACACAGUGCUUUAUAACACCUACUAUUACUCCAUGGAGAUAUUCCAACCUUUUUUUGGAUACUACUUUGUGAAUGUUCUCCUGGUAAUUCUGCAGCUGCUCCAUGUCUUCUGGUCCUGCCUAAUUAUUCGCAUGGUCUACAAGUUCUUCCUCCAGGGCACGAUGGAAAAGGACAUGAGAAGUGACACAGAAGAAAGUGACAAGGAUGAAGAAAGAGAUAAAAUUAGAGAAAAGGAGAAAAAUGGGAUCACGUAUUUCAGCAACGGCACAAGCAAUGGUUACAUCCAGAGGAAUGGGUCUGAGCCCCUGGUCAACAGAGCCCACCUUGCCAACGGCCAUGCCAAGGAAAGAUAGCUGCUGCCCCUGUGCUGCUGGUCUGGCCUCCAGCUAACCCAGGCCACCAUCUGUAGUAACAGUUUUGCUCACUGUGUAGAUAAACUGGAGUGCAAUUGCAGUAUUGUAGCUGAAUUCCUGCUUCCCAUAAACCAAAGUGUUUAUAGUCGGUGAUAUUUGAAGGAAGUUUUUUGUCCUCCUUCAGUAAAAGCUUACUAUAAGUCGUAGCCUCAAAACAGAUAGCAAGGGAUCAAAGUGGUUUGACUUGUAUUAAGAUUGUACCAUAAUUGUUGUCAAAUGUGUUAAUCUUGAAAAAUACUUUAAAAAUAAAAAGGUGGAUAAACUCUGGCAGUGUCAAGUUUGACCCACCUAAUGUUUGAUAGGAAUCUGUUUAGCCUGGAUCAGCCUCUGGAGGUCUGGCCUAUUGCCAGUAAUUAUUAUGGUUGACAAGUGACAAAUCUUAACACUGGGACACCUCUUCUGAGAAAACAGGUACCCUAUUUACACUUACAAAAUUACAACUGAGCAUAGUGAAAUGAAAACUUUGGAAAGGUAUAAGAUAAAACAUGUUCUUCUCUGCUGAACCUUAUGAAACAGUGCUUCAGCUUGGCCUUCAAACUCUGGGACCUUUGCCUAGGUGUAACAAGAAUAGCAAGUAUAAGGCAGUGGUCCAUGAAGUCAUGAUGUUGUGUUGAUUCAGUUAGCUUAGUUGCUGUAUCUUGUAUCAUGUGUAGUCUUAGAUUUUUGGAUUGUGCAAUCUCUUAAAACAUUUUAAUUAGUGUUAUGUGAAUUUCUGUUUUAUAGGUCACCUAACCUAUGAAACUGAAGUAUUAACAGAUUCACUGUAAUUGAGUGCAGGGAUUUGGACUGCUGAGGCCAUGCAACACAUCUCUUUAUGCAUCUAGUGCUAACCGAGCAGGGAUGGGACAUGGACCAAGGAAAUUUCGUAUUUGAGGAGGUGGUGCACAUGUUUAAGCCAUAAAGAAAGUGACAGCAUAGAAAGAGAAGAGGAUUAUCAUCACUCCACUCAGGUCACCUGAGAUGUGACUGAGAAGCUUUGAUUUGAGCUUGCGUAUGCUCAUGUUCUGUUUCAGUCAAAAUACAUUUGGAUAAUUGGAUUUCUAAACUGGAAUUGGAUAAUUGCAGAAGGGAAAAAGUGGUUCCAGCAUGUGUACUUCCAGAGCAGUAACAUGCUGUGGGAGGAGGAUCCUGCAUUGUCAUUUAAAUUCUGAUUUGCUAAAGAUAGUCUGUUUCUGGAACCUUAGCUCGGCUGGUGAGAGCAUGGUGUUAAUAAUGCCAAGGUUGUGGGUUUGAUGCCUGAAUGGGCCAUUCACUUAAGAGUUUGACUUGAUCCUUGUGAGUCCCUUCCAACACAUAAUAUUCUGUAAUUCUGUGAUAAUUGGAAGCUCAUGUUCGAUGCCUGAAUGGGCCAUUCACUUAAGAGUUUGACUUGAUCCUUGUGAGUCCCUUCCAACACAUAAUAUUCUGUAAUUCUGUGAUAAUUGGAAGCUCAUGUUCUGUAUGCUGUAUAUCUGAGCGUAUGGUCUCACUCCCCUACAGGUAGUGUGCUCAGAAGGAAUAUAUAUAAUUUUGUACUACUGAAUGUAAAUGUUCUUUAUAAAUUACUUUUAAAGGUUU